AUGUCAGAUUGAUUUUGAGGUUGUUUUGAUAAUUGUUAUUUUUGUUGAAAAUACUUGCAUAUAUUUAAAUAAAUAAUGUGUUAUGAUGAUAACACAGUCCACUGUGUUGUGUGUUUAAAAUUAAGUGAAAUACCUGUUACGACUGUGCGACAAAAAGAAAGUCUUCGAUAUGGAUAAUAUAACACAGAAACUGUCGCAGUAUUUUGGACACCGAAAGUUUAAAAGUGAACUUCAAGAACGUGCUGUAAGAGCGGUAGCUAGAGGAGUCCACGAUGUGUAUGUGUCCAUGCCCACGGGCUCAGGCAAGUCCCUGUGCUUCCAGUUGCCCGCCAUGUUGCAAGACAACAAGGUGGCUAUUGUAUUCUCACCACUGCUGGCCCUAAUCAAGGACCAGAUAGACCACCUCACCAAAAUCAAAAUCACUGCAGAAUCAAUCAACUCUAAAAUGACUGGAAAAGACAGAGAAAGAGUGCUAAACGAUUUGAGAAGUAUGAAGCCCAACACGAGAUUUCUUUAUGUAACACCUGAGCAGGCUGCGACAGGGACUUUCAAAUCAUUGAUGGAGCAUCUCAUUAAGUAUAAGAAGAUAUCAUAUGUAGUUGUUGAUGAAGCUCAUUGUGUCAGUGAAUGGGGUCAUGAUUUCCGGCCAGAUUAUUUGAAGUUAGGUGACCUGAGAGAGAAAUAUAAAUCUGUAACAUGGGUUGCUCUAACUGCAACAGCGAGUUCGGAAGUCACUAAAGACAUAAUGGCGAAUCUCAAACUUCUGACCCCCGUAGCACAGUUUAAGACACCUAGUUUUAGAAAGAAUUUGUUUUAUGAUGUUGUUUAUCAAAAUUGUAUAGAUGAUGAAAUUGGACAUUUAAUGGAAUUUUUAAAGAAGAGUUUAAAGGAGGAUGAAAAUGUUAAGCCAAAAGACAAAAAUGCUGUUAUUGUUUACUGUAGAACUCGCGAUCAAACUGAGGAAAUAUCAAAUAUGUUGAACAAAAGAGGUCUACCAUCAUUGGCAUAUCAUGGAGGUAUGAAAUCCGCGGAGCGCGUAUCGGUGCAGGAGCGCUGGUCGCGCGGCGAGGUGCCGUGCGUGUGCGCCACCGUCUCCUUCGGCAUGGGCGUGGAUAAGGCGACCGUGAGAGCUGUGGCGCACUGGGGACUGGCUCAAAACGUCGCGGCCUAUUACCAGGAAUCAGGCCGCGCCGGCCGCGACGGCAAGCCGGCAUUCUGCCGCGUCUACUACUGCCGCUCGGAGCGCAACGCCGUAGACUUCUUGCUUAAAACGGAGCUCGGGCGCGCCAAGACGCCCGAGCAGAAGCAGCGCUGCAAGAACGCCUACAAGAGCUUCGAGAUCAUGGUCAACUACUGCGAGCUAAUCAGAUGUCGACACAAAACGUUCGCGGACUUCUUCGGCGAGGAAGCUCCGAAAUGCGUGGACCGCUGCGACGUCUGCGCCGACGAGAGAGCGGUCAGGCGAGCACUAGACCAACAUCAGAGGAGAGCUAUGUCGGCGCGGUUACAAGGGGGAUUGGUGUCUAAUGUGGAUCCUGCUCAGUUGUACGGAGAGGGGCGGUACGGAAUGAAGAGGGAGGCGGAGGCAUACGGCGCCGACGACAGCGGCUCGGACAGCGAGGACAGCCGCCGCCGCGUGGCGCAGGAGACGCGCUCGCUCAUACUCGAGGAGUUUGCCAAGAGAAAGAAGAGCACAGAGAAGGACAGAAGAAAGGACAAAGAUGGCGACGAACAGGCUGCUAAAUACUCCAAGUGCAGGGCUGCGGAAAGUACGGGAACAAAGGUGAACGGGCUAACAGUGGCAACCCGCGAGAGCUACCUGUCCCUCGUGAAAGACGCGUUGAACAACAACAUGGCAGCUAUGAAAGGGACGGAGGAGCCGGUACACCCUCUCUCUCGCACCGACGUAGAGCAGUGCGCUGCAGACUUGGAGUAUGAAGCGUUCUGCGCCAGCACCGUGAUCAGUCUCUACCGCCGCGCUGUCCUCAAAACGAUAUCUUCUAUAAAAUCUCACGACGACCGUCUCUAUCCGGCGCUCAAAACCUACGAACCGAAGAAACGUAAUACUCUCAGAGAGUUCGUGAAGGAGUUUGAACAAUCGAAGCAGGGGAAAACGAACAUGGGCUUUAUCACAGCGGCCGAACUAGAAAUGGAGUCGAAAAAUGAAGAAAGAGUUCUCUCUAAAGCAGAUAAAGAGGCACAAAGAAAAGCGAACUCUUUCAAAAGAGACCCACUUCAGCAAACAAAGUUGCAAAGCUUCUUUAAAAAAGCCUCUCAUAUAUCUCCAGAGAAUACUCCCGAUGAAAGUGAGGAUGACGCACUUUUCAUAGACGACAACAAGAGCCCGUGUGAAGACACACUCAAACUAGAAGACACUAACAAUGUCGCCACUAAACAAACAGAUAUCCACAACGACACCACUUUAAAGAUAGAAAAUAACUCCGAACCUGAAGAUAAUACUGAAACAACCGAUGAUUCUAAAAAUUACUCCAAGGGAGAUUCUGAAACAAAAACUUUCGUGAUUAAUAUUACGUUGGAAGGUGUGCCCAAUAAAGAGAAACAUAGCAGCAAAAGCAACAAAGAAUCAAAGCAUUCAAAGAGUCAUAACCAUAAGAAAGAGUCGGAACGACACAAGUCUGAUAGAAAGCAUAAGGAACAUAAACAUAACAAAUGUAAUGAAAAUAAGUCACCUAGUAAAUCACCGAAACAAGCUAAACGAAAAAUUAAAGAUUUGUUUGGAGAAUCUGAAAGUGACGAAGAAAAACCAGAAGUUAAGAAAGUCAAAACUGAAGAUAAAAAACGAAAGGAUAGCAAAAAGCACGAAGAUAAAAAGCAUCACAAAAAGGCUGAGCAUUCGCAUGAAAAGAAAUCAAUAGAAACGGUGUCUCCAAAAGAACAACAAGUAAAACCGGAACCGGUACCCAUGGCGGAGGACAAUAAUUCAGGCAGUGAGUCUGAAAAAGAGCUAGUUAUAGAUGAGCAAACUGAAUCCAACAACGAGAACAAACCAGGAAAAAGUAUUGAAAAUACUUCAACUGAGCAAUCUCAUAAUUCGUCAGCAGCCAGUUCUAAUCAAGUGGAAGUGAGCGAGGAAGACGCAAAGUUGGACAAAGCGCACCAGCUCAGUAAAGAAGCCGACAAAGUAUUACAAGCACUGAAAAUGUUCUCAGAAAAUCCACCAGAACCAGUGAUUGUAGAAAAGCCAGUAGAAAAAGAGAAGCCCGCUAAAGAGCCGAUCUCACCUACUAAAACAAAAACAUCACAUAAGCAUAAAAGUGAUCACCACUCUAAAGAUAGAAGUAAGUUAAGUUUAAGAAGAAAAUCUAAAGAACACAAGGAACAUAAAGAUAGGCAUAAGGAGAAAAAACAUAGUGAGAAGAUAGUUAAGGAGGAGAAGAAAUCUGAGAAGGUGGACGUGGCGGGGCUGGUGGUGAAGCUGCUGAUGCCGUACUACAAGAAGAAGAAGAUCGACAACAGGGACCUGUUCAAGGUCACGGCGCGGCACAUCGUGCACCAGCUGCUGGCCAUCCAAGUCACCGAGGAAGCCGCUAUUGACAUGUUACUCAAGAAAGCGUUCAGCAAAGAAAUAAAAAUCGAGAAUGAAAGUGACCUGGCGGUGAAGCUGAACCUUAGCCAAUGACGGUUUCUGUUUUAUUUAUAUAGUAUUUACGUUAUUUCUAUUUAUUGUUGAGGUUGUGUGAUUAUUCCCUACAUAAUAAAAUAAUUUUACGGUAAAAAACAUGAGAUAAGAAUUAUCUUGUUUGUAAAUAAGCUUAAUACAGCUAUUUUAUUGUUAUAACAAAUGGUUUGAUUGAUCAAAUCACGAUUAAAACCAUCGUUUCUCUAA